AUGUUCCCGCCCGCGCGUGUCGUCGCGCUCGGCGCAGCUCCCCUCCCGGUGUCCCUGCCAGGCCUGGGGACGAGGCUGAGGCUGUCCGCCGUGCGGGCGAUCAAUGUUCACGCCCCAUCCGCCAAUCACCACGCGUCCCCGUCCGAGGCCUCGUGGAGGUUGCCCGCGACAUUCUUCUGCCUCUACAGGCUGUUUCUGCGCACGGCAGCCGCGUCGGUGCUGCAUGACCGCAAGACGAAGAAACAGUUGCGGAGGAUAUACCGACCGAUGUUCACCGAAGCGGGGCGCCGGAUGCACGAGCUGCAAGACGAGCGGCUGGGCCGGGAACUCGGCCCAGGCGAGCGUGCAGCCCGCGUCGCGUGGCUUGCCGAGUGGGAGGAGCGAGUGGACAACACGCUCUCAUUCCUCCACACCUCCGCCGUCGCACGCGGCGUACCCCAUCGCACGCUCCGAAACUUUCGCGCGAUGCAACUCUUGAACUCGCACGUCUUCGUCAACCGAGCGAGGCUUCCGCAAGGGCCGGUGUGGUCGGGCCAGUUCCCGCUUGACCAUCUACGAUACCGAUCGCCGAAGUUCCCGCCGUUCAAGCCGACAUCCCAGGACGCACUGGCCACUCGCGGGAUGCACAUGCUCGCAGACACGAUCGGCAUGGCGGAAGCUCAAGGGCGGCUCACCCUCGGCCGGGUUGGGAAGCUCAAAUGGUCGCAGCACCGGGUGCUUAGCGACUCCGCGAAAGCUUGA